UGGACUUUGCCCAGAAAGAAAUUGGGCAGAGAUGCAAUUAAUGUAAUGGCUCAUAUCACGAAGAGAUGACAAGACACGUUUUCAAUGUUUCUUCUUCUGUAAAACCUCUCCCCGUUAACUAGUUUUCCUGCCUCCCUUGUCAUGACGCAAAAGUCCUCCUACUCGUCGCCUAGACCGUCGGAGGAGGAAUGCACUGUUAGGAAUGGGGUGAAAUGAACUCUGAUUAAACGCUGAAAAGAAGGUAUCUGGAAUGUCUGAGGGAAGAUCACCAUGACCGCAAAUAAGAACUAUAAAACGGCGUCUCAGCGAAGAGGCAGAGGACCAGGGGACAUUCCAGAGAGGUGCCAGUCAGUGUCCCCUCCGCCCACUCUGCCUGUCAUGAGGCGCUCUCCGCACCCCUUCAGCGACAGCGAGGAGUCCAUCCCACGGCCGCGCCCCACUCGCCCUGCAGACCACGCCCUCCUCAGACCCCACAACAGGAAUAGCUCCUCCCUCUCCGCAGAAUGCCCCUCCCUCAAGCUGCUGAGGAGCCGCGGGAUUGGCCGGUUGGACCCCCAACUCUCCGUCUUCAAGCCGGCCACUCCCGGUCGAGGCAGAGGCCAGAAGGAGAAUCGACUGGAGGGGGUUUCAAGCGGGCACCCUCAAAGCAACGCGCCCUCGCAAGGGUCAACGCACAAGGCCUCCGACACGUCGCCAAACUCCAACCCCCCGCAGAAACUGUCCAUCAGCAGAAGCUCCACUCCCACCCAGCCGUCCUCUCCCAACCAACCCGGUCCGGAGGCCUCAGCCCAGCCGGUUCCGCGGCGUCUGCCCCGGAGGGAGUACUGCCGGGUUGAACUCCCCCGGAUGAGUCUCUACGUGGAGCGGCGAUCCCUGGGGGAGCAGACCGGGGGUAGUGAAGGCUGCCCCAGUCUGCUGUCCUCCCCCUGCAGCGAGAAGGCCUUCGACUUCCAGGACCUGCGCAAGCUGAGUCGCGCCUUCUCCGAGUGCUCAUACCCGGGCACGGAGGACGAGGAGGGCGGAGGCGGAGGCUCAGAGGUCCGCCGAGGAGGAGCGAUGGGACGCCUGGAGAAGAGGCCCAGCCGGCGAGAGGCCCAGGCGAUGCUGCUGCGGUCCCUGUCCACCCACAGGGGGCGCUCUUCCGUGCUCAGCCGUGUGCAGGAGAUAGAGCAGGCGCUGAAAGACUGCCCCGAGCAGGCCCCCCAGUACCCGAGCAGCUGUUUCGGACCUGGGGGAUCUAUCCCCAACCCCUCCAUGUCCAGCAGGCCUUUGGGGGGACUUGAGCGGAAACAGUUUAGCAGGUGUACUAGCCCUGUGCCAGAGUUCAGGCCGGGCCACAUGAGGGUGCAAAGCCCCACACCUCUAAAGAGCCCAGGUGCCACCCAGCAGAACCCCCCCAAAGGGAUGCCCGUCAACCCUUUACCCAAGCCCAAGCGCACCUUUGAGUAUGAGCUCAACCACCCUCACGAGAGGCCCACCUCGCCUGGCAAUGGCUGCCCCCCUCAGAGUCACCCACGCAUGCUGUCACCUUCCCCAACCCCCCACCUCCCCAGGCACACCCGUCAGCACAUCCGAACAGGCAGUGGCUUCUGCAGAACCGUUCUCAGCAGGGACUGGUACUGUUUAGGCGAUGCUGCCCAUCGUCCUACCUUUCAGCCAAUCACAGUUCAGACAAAUGGAACUGUCUCCAUGCAAAUGUGCCAUCGCUCUGGUUCUAAGAGCUCUUGUGAAGAGAACCCGUAUGAAGACAUCAGCGAUGCUUAUGACAUUGUGAGGUCUGGAACCCCCCCCCCAGUGUCCCAUAAAGAGAGUCCUGAUGAUGAAGGGGACCUAAGAGACAGACAGAGCCGCCUGGCGAGGGAGGAGAGGAAGAGCGUCAUACCACCUCAGCCCUCUUUGGGUCUCUCAGGGUCGGCAGGGCGUCGAGGUCAUAGGUCAUCGCAGCUGUCGGAGAAGCGGGUUUCAAGCGAACGUCUCCUGAGCUGUGCCUCUCCCUCUCCCUGCCCCAGUCCCAUCCGGCCCCUGAGUCCUGCCCCAGACGCAGGCAUGAGGGGCUCCGGCGAAACCCUCGCACCGCAGCCACACAUGAGAGUGCCCAAGCUGGUCCAGCGGAUCGGCUCCAUCUACCGCAGCAAGAGAGGGAAGAGGAGACUAAAGAAGCUCUCAGUGUCCAACACAGACAUCUCCUCCGUCAGAGAAGAUAACAGUGGGAGUGAGAGUGACUCAGAUGACCGCUUUAAUGUGCACAUCCAGAGGCUGUUGCGGCUGCAGUCUCUGCUGCGGCGGUCCCCCAGCUACCGCACUCUGGAGCUGCAGCUACUGCAGUGGCAGGAGAGGAGGGAGCUCUUUGAGCACUUCCUGGUCGUGUCGCUAAAGAAGAGGCCGGGGAAGAGCUCCUACACCCCAGAGGUCUCCUACCAGUUCCCCAAGCUGGAUCGUCCAACCAAACAGAUGAGAGAAGCAGAGCAGCGACUCAAAGCCAUACCCCAGUUCUGCUUCCCAGAUGCCAAGGACUGGUGCCCCGUCUCCCAAUACAACAGUGAGAGUUUCUCCUUCAUGUUGACGGGUGAGGAUGGCGGCAGGCGCUUCGGGUACUGCAGACGUCUGCUGCCCAGUGGUUCGGCUCCACGAUUGCCUGAAGUUUACUGUGUGAUCAGUCGUCUGGGAUGUUUUGAUCUCUUCUCCAAGAUCUUAGACGAGGUGGAGAGACGCAGGGAGAUAUCCGCUGCUCUGGUCUACCCUUUCAUGAGAAGCUUGAUGGAGUCACCCUUCCCAGCCCCUGGCAAGACCAUCCGAGUCAAGACCUUCCUGCCUGGAACAGGAAAUGAGGUGAUGGAACUGCAGCGUCCAGCGGACUGUCGUCUGGAGCAUGUCGACCUGCAGAGUCUGUUCAGCUGCCUGAGUGUGCCUCAGAUCGUACGGAUCUUCGCCUCGCUGCUGCUCGAGCGCAGGGUUGUGUUCGUAGCUGACAAACUCAGUACCCUGUCGAGCUGUGCCCAUGCUGUGGUGGCACUGCUGUACCCGUUCUCCUGGCAGCACACCUUCAUCCCCGUCCUGCCCGCCCCCAUGCUGGACAUGGUGUGCUGCCCCACGCCCUUCCUGGUGGGUCUCCUCUCCAGCUCCCUGCCACGCCUUAAAGAGAUGCCACUCGAGGAGACUUUGAUGGUGGACUUGCGAUCAGACCGGUUUAUUAGACAGAUGGAUGACGAAGCAACACUGUUGCCAAGGAAACUCCAAGCUGCUCUGGAGCAGGCUCUAGAGCAGAGGGAUGACCUCAUCGGCCAGGAUUCUGACAGCGAAUCAGAGGACGACAGUCAUUCCCUGAACAGCGUGGUGUCAGAGGCGUUCAUCCGCUUCUUCCUGGAGACGGUGGGCCACUUCCCGCUCUUCAUGACACAUGCGGCCGGCGGUGAGCGCCUCUUCCAACGAGAUGCCUUCCGCAAGGCAGUGGCCUCACGCAGUGUCCGGCGCUUCCUUGGCGUCUUUAUGGAGUCGCAGAUGUUCCAUGGCUUCAUCCAGGACCAGGAGCUCCGCACCAGCCGUGCCAAAGGUCUGUUUGAGGUGCGUGUGGAACAGUACCUUGAUGAACUCCCUGAGACAGAGCAAGGAGGAGUCAACAGGUUCUUCAGAGGAUUGGGAAGUAAAAUUAAGUUCCUGCAGAAAAGAACUGACAUCAAAGAAGCACAUUGUUCAACUACAUCCUCAUUUGGAUUACUUUUGUAAAUGUUAUCAUUUACACAUGAUGCUUGUACAGUGUCUAUACUGAUUUGGAAACUGUAAAUGAUUUUUUUUAUCUUGAAUAAGUCUUAUAGCAAUAAAUACUACAAAAAGUUUAAGAUUACAACAUGACCUGUAAGCAAGGGUUCAAAGUCUUGUUCUCACAUCUUUUAAAUGGGGAGAAAGAUCAAAAGCAUUAUAUCAGAAGGUACCAAUUGUUUGCUCCCUUUAAUUACGUUGGAAUAUAUAGAGACUGAACUGAGGGUUUGUUUAAUGGAAUCAGAGGCAUCUAAUGUCUUGAUAUCUCAAUAUUACAACACAUUCCAAGAAAGAAUUGAACUCAUUUGUCAGAGGCAGUGAAAGCUAUUUGUUGGCCACAAGAUUUUUACAAUAAAAUGUUUUGCAAGCA